AUGGCGUCCCAAACCAACGAGACCUACCGCGCCGGGGCCGACAUCACCCGGGGCGAUGCGGCGGCGUGCAAGAAGGCGGCGGCCGAGCUGCUAGCAGAGAUCGGCCUCCCGAAGGGCCUGUUCCCUCUGGAAGACAUGCAGGAGUUUGGCUACAACCGCGAGGCAGGGUUCAUGUGGCUGGUCCAGGGGAAGAAGAAGACGGAGCACACCUUCAAGAAGAUCAAGCAGACAGUGUCGUACGCCGGCGAGGUGACGGCGUUCGUGGAGCACGGAAAGCUGAAGAAGAUCGCGGGGGUGAAGAGACCAAGGAGCUCGUGCUGUGGCUCAGCGUCGUGGAAGUGUACGUCGACGAGUCCGCUCCCGGCAAGGUCACCUUCAAGACUGGCACUGGGCUGUCUGAUUCCUUCGACGCAACUGCGUUUAUUUGAGCUUGGAAAUGUAAAAGGAAAGGUUGUCUAG